ACAAAAGACAUAAAAAACUCUCCCCCCAAUUCAAUAUUUUGCAAAUUUUAAAAAAAAUAUACAAUAAGAAAAUAAAAAUGCUACUCCCCUCAAAACUCCGUCGACAUGUCAUCAUCAAUAUCUUCAUCAUCAUAGUCUCCCUCCGCAACAACUCCAUUGUGGCUCCUAAAUAGAAAUGAUAAGCAAGGGGCUCUGGGAACCUCAUCUGAUUGGAACCAAAGUGCAGUGAAAACAUUUGCACCAUCCCAACACUAUACAUGUGUCAUCAUAUAAAAAAGUCAUGAUUCGGGUGCACCAAUGGUUGAUGGAAAUUUUGCUACCAUAGAUUAUAGCGACUCAUGAGUAAUAGUAGCCUUGUAAAAACAAUGAUUAUCCUAUGAUGUAUGUUGGUUGAUUAUGAUGUCAAUCAUGAGACGGUGGUCUCGUGAUCGUAGCAAUGACCAGACAUUAGUGGUUCGACGAUAAUUGUCAAGGGUCGUUGGCUUCAAACUUUUCUUCAAGAGCAUAGACUUAGCUCUAAGUUCUAUUCUUCUUAUAUAUAUAUUAUAUUCAAAUUUUGGAAGGGACGCUUGAAUAAAUUUAGCCAAAAUCCCAUAACACACAGAUAGUUCAUGUUCAUUGUCUUGAUCUAGUGAGUUUUCAUAGUUCCAGAGUUCGGAAGGGGCUUGAACUUGAUUCACAUAGAUUUAGCACGCCCCACAAAAUCAACUCGUGACAAAAUCGGAUUGAGCUCAAUCCGACUUGAACGAGCCAGCCCAAAUCGAGUUCUUUCGAACCAUUUUACGUCAAAAUCAACUCAAGCCGGAUCAAAAUUGAAAUUACCUUGCUCAAAUUGAGUUGAUGAUCUUCUAGCUAUAAGUUCAGGGCACCACUCUCCCACCCGGCGCGCCAAUUAGCAGUUUCACGUUGACCAAUUCCCACAACCACCGGCGUCAUCGGCGGCCGUCCCAGUGACCUGCAGAUCCCCAACCCCCACCGUUCCCACUCCUCACGGGAACUCAUCUGCGCAACAGGACAAACCAUGCGCGUAAUCGUUCUGCCGCACGGUCCCCCCAUGUGACCCUUAUCCUUUAUAAGCCCCACUUUCUCCAUUCCCCCUUCAACCUUUUCCCACCCACCGGAGAUUUCUCUCAGUCCUACAGCUUCGCCAUGGCCCAACCCAUCCUCUCCUCCCUCCUCCUCCUCCUCCUCCUCCUCCUCCCCAACUCUGCUUCGGCAAUCAGAUCAUCGUACAUCAUCCACAUGUCCAAGCCCCAAAAGCCUGCGCUUUUUGAAUAUCACUCCGACUGGUACGACGAAUCUCUACGCUCUGUUUCCGCCUCUGCUCAGAUUCUAUACACCUACCACACCGUCGCCCAUGGUUUCUCGGCCAGCCUCACGGCCGCCGAGGCCCGAACCCUAGCCCACCGCCCCGGCGUCCUCUCCGUGCUCCCCGACACACCUUACGAUCUUCACACCACUCGCACGCCGGAGUUCCUCGGCCUCGAUCGCAGCGAUGUCCGCGUUAUCCAAGAUUCCGACACUGCAACUGAUAUUAUCAUCGGCGUUCUCGAUACCGGCGUCUGGCCUGAACGGAACAGCUUCGAUGAUACCGGUUUCGGCCCUAUUCCGACGGGGUGGAAGGGUUACUGCGUUGAGGCGAAGGACUUCGAUCCUGCUAAGGCCUGCAACCGCAAACUCAUCGGCGCGAGGUUUUUCUCCAAGGGAUAUGAAUCCAGUGCAGGAGUGAUUGAUGAUAGCAGGGAGAGCAGAUCACCUCGCGAUGGGGAUGGCCACGGUACGCAUACAUCCACUACUGCAGCAGGCUCGGAAGUACUGGAAGCCAGUCUUCUUGGGUACGCAGAGGGAAAAGCUCGCGGCAUGUCGACGCGCGCGCGUCUAGCGAUUUAUAAGGUUUGUUGGGCUGGAGGAUGUUUCAGCUCCGAUAUCCUCGCCGCCAUGGAUGCGGCUGUUGAGGACGGGUGUAAUGUGCUUUCUCUCUCGCUCGGAGGCGGCGCGGCGGAGUAUUUCCGUGAUAGCAUCGCUAUCGGGGCCUUUAAUGCGAUGGAGAGAGGGGUGCUGGUUUCCUGCUCGGCGGGUAAUUCCGGACCUGGGGCCGCCACGGCGUCAAAUCUCGCGCCGUGGAUUACAACCGUUGGCGCAGGGACGAUCGAUAGGGAUUUUCCGGCAUAUGUUGUGCUAGGCGAUGGGAAGAAUUUCACCGGUGUGUCGCUAUACAGCGGGAAGCCGAUUCAGUCUUCUCCAAUCAGCUUCAUCUUCGCCGGCAACGCGACGAAUUCCUCCAAUGGAAAUUUAUGCUUGCCUGGAACCCUAGUGCCGGAGAAAGUCGCCGGAAAAGUGGUGCUGUGUGAGAGAGGUGUGAAUGCUAGGGUUCAGAAGGGAAUGGUGGUAAAAAACGCCGGCGGAGCUGGCAUGGUGCUGGUGAACACUGCCGCGAACGGCGAGGAGCUCGUCGCUGAUGCACACCUCCUCCCGGCGACGCUGGUUGGUGAAAACGCAGGUAACGUAAUCAAGACAUACGCAAUCUCCGAUCCGAAUCCAACCGCAACCAUUAUCUUUGGCGGGACGAAGGUCGGCAUCCAGCCAUCGCCGGUGGUGGCGGCGUUCUCUUCUCGAGGUCCGAACGCUGUUACGCCGGAGAUCUUGAAGCCGGAUCUCAUCGCACCCGGCGUCAACAUCCUCUCUGCAUGGACGGGCGCCGUCGGACCUACAGGAUUACCGUCCGAUUCCCGGCGAGUGGAGUUCAACAUCAUCUCCGGUACCUCGAUGUCGUGCCCGCACAUCAGUGGCCUCGCCGCACUUCUCAAGGGGGCGCAUCCGGAUUGGAGUCCGGCCGCCAUUAAAUCGGCGCUGAUGACCACAGCCUACGCAGAAUACCCCGACGGCAACCCCAUCCUCGAUGUCGCCACCGGAAAACCAGCGACACCGUUCGAUUUCGGCGCCGGCCAUGUGGAUCCUCCAAGAGCCAUAGAUCCCGGGCUCGUCUACGAUCUCACCGCCGAGGAUUAUCUCGACUUCCUCUGCGCGCUGAACUACACUUCGAUGCAGAUCGCGGCCCUCGCGAAGGGCCGGAACUUCUCCUGCGAUUCCAACAAGACCUACGCGGCGUCGAACCUCAACUACCCUUCGUUCUCCGUGGUGUUUCCGGCUGCGAUCUCCGGGGAAACGACGACGACAUUGAUACACGAUCGGGUGGUGACGAAUGUGGGAUCGCCGGGUAUUUAUAAGGCGGUGGUAACGGCGAAGGUGGACGGCGGGGGGGUUAAGAUAACGGUGGAGCCUUCGGAGCUGAGUUUCGGGGAGGCGGGGGAGAAGAAGGGAUACAGGGUGAAGUUCACGGCGGCUUUGCGGCCGUCGGGUUCUGUGGGGUCGGGCCGCUUAGUGUGGUCCGACGGGAAGCACACCGUCUCUAGUCCGAUCGCUUUCACUUGGAUUUGAAUAAGGGAAACAUCCUUUGUUUUUAGGCAGUGUCUUCCUACUCUGAGGUUUGAAUGUGCAAUCAAUUUGUGGCUAAUUUUAUAUUAAUGUAGCUUUUAUUGCAAAUACGAAGUUUUCUAAACGAUGAGGCGGUGUUUGGUAACCUAUUU